AUGGGAGUGCAGGACAGUGGUGGCGGUGGGCAGGAUGGAGCCUUGGUCAACCACACCACCAUCAUCAUCAUCAUGGCCUGCAUUUCCUGGUGCGGACGGAGGCCUCUGGUGGGCGCGCCAGGCAGGUCUCGUAUCGCAGGCGGGGCUCUCGCGCCAGCGGGCGCGUGGCCUUGGCAGGUGAGCAUCCAGCGGACGUCCAGGCACGUGUGCGGAGGUUCUAUACUCAGCCGUCGCUGGAUCCUCACGGCCGCGCACUGCUUUGACAAAAACAGGGACACCUCACGGCUGGAGGUGGUAGCUGGCCUGUCCUCACAGUCAAAGCAAGGCAGGACAGUCCAGCGGCGUCCCGUGGAACGUAUCGUCAUGCAUGACGACUACGACCCGUCGUACUACGACUACGACGUGGCACUGCUGCGCCUCCACUCCGCGCUGUACUACUCCCCUCACGUACAGCCCGUCUGCACCCUCCAGAGCCAGUUGGAGGAACGAGAUCUCAACUUCAGCUCCUGUUACAUCAGCGGUUGGGGCAGCACCACGGUGGACGGGAACGUGGUAGACAUACUCCAAGAGGCCGAGGUGGGCCUCAUUGAUACCAGACUGUGCAACCAGAGACGCUGGUACAACGGCCACGUCAGUGACAACAUGGUCUGUGCUGGCGUGGAAAGCGGGGGUGUCGACACAUGUCAGGGUGACAGCGGCGGGCCGCUGUCAUGCUACAGCGAAGACACAAAAAGGUUCUACAUUUAUGGUGUGACCAGUCACGGAGAAGACUGCGCCUUGCCAAGGAAGCCAGGGGUAUACAGCCGCGUCAGCAGCUACACAUCAUGGCUCGACGGGAUCCAGGAGAGGUCCGUGGGCUCAGACACAAACCCCACCACUGCACACGUCGUCCUUGCCUUGCUCUGCUGGGGUUGGAGCCUCGUCUCGCCCUGGCUGCCUCUCUGA